AUGCAUAUGCGUAUGUUCAGCCCUACCUCUAUUAACCAUGCUGCUAACCUAGCCAAGCUCCAUGAAUAUUCUCAACCUUCUUCUCAUCAACCUCCUUCAAGAUUUUCAAACUUCCCCAAAUGCCAAGGCAUAUUAUUGAAACCCAUCAUUUCAUCAUCCAACAAUUCUACAAAAAAUACCCUUAGAAACAAUUCUUCUAACCCACUCCUUGUACCCACCUAUAAACCUAAUCCUCAACAUUUUAACCGCACUUAUUUUGCUGCAGAAAUGGAAGAACACAGAUCCAAAGGAUUACUCAUGUUUUGUGAUCAACAAUUUACUCUGGGUCAUCAAUUCAAAUAUAAUCGCUCCCAGCUCAUGGUUUUGGAACUUGAUGAUGAGAACCAAGUAUAA